UGUGCGUGCAUGGGCUGGGCUCUGCAAUGAUUGGUGCGGCACCGAGACGUCGUGUGAAGCUCCUCCAUAAAGAAACGCGGCCUCUUUCUUGUUACUGUUUAUGAAACUAUAGAUCUUACAUUGUAACAUGAGCGGCAGAGGAAAGACCGGUGGAAAGGUUCGUGCUAAGGCCAAGUCUCGCUCUUCAAGGGCCGGGCUGCAGUUCCCCGUGGGCCGUGUGCACAGGCUGUUGCGGAAGGGGAACUAUGCAGAGCGAGUGGGGGCUGGAGCUCCGGUGUACCUAGCAGCUGUGCUCGAGUAUCUGACCGCUGAGAUCCUGGAGCUGGCGGGAAACGCGGCCCGUGACAACAAAAAGACCCGUAUCAUCCCCCGCCACCUCCAGCUGGCCGUGCGUAACGACGAGGAGCUGAACAAACUGCUGGGAGGAGUGACCAUCGCCCAGGGAGGAGUGUUGCCCAAUAUCCAGGCCGUGCUUCUGCCCAAGAAGACCGAGAAGGCCAAAUGA